GCCGCCUACGACAUCUGGCGCGAUAGGUUUUAUACAUCCAUAGUCGUCUGCUUGCUCUUCUUGGAACCCUCAGCUGCACGGUCGGUCCAGCAAUAGGCACAAGCCAUAGGAUAGUGAGAAACCGUUAACGGCUCGUACAUUACCUAUAAGCUUACUGUUGACACUGUUGUGCUGGUAUCGGUCGGCUUCGUUGUGCGGCUGUUACUUCCUGGUGGCAUCGUCAUAAGGUCAAUUGCAGGUCAAUUUGCAUAGCCAUGUUGGCAGUUAUUUUUGUGGCAGUGGCCUUGCUGGCCGUCGCACCGGAAUCAGCCUUCGCUGCUCGGAAGGUGUUCCUUGAAUCCAAUACCUUCGAAGGCUUUGAGCUACCUCCGGGCGUAAGCCUUGACGACGUUGAAUUGCUUGCUGACUACACGACCUUUGAGGUCUACCGCAAGGAGUUUGAGCCUUACCUCGGUGCCUAUGGCGGCUACGGCCUCUACGGCUAUUACAGCGAAUUCAAGCGCAUCGAGUACAUCUACGGCGGCAACGUGUACUAUGACUACGAGCUCACGCGUGGUCCCGAGGUGACCGGAGAGUACGAGCUGGAUGGCCCCCUGCCCACCAAGCCCUCCAAGGGCUCGCUCCUGGGGGAUGCGAGCAGCCGUCGCCGCCUGCUGGCUGACAUUGCGGCUGCCGGUACCUACGGCCCUGGCAGCUACGGUGGUGGUUAUUAUGGCGGUGCGCCGCCGCCCCAGGGUCAGUUCCCGGGCUACUAUGGCGAUGACUCGGCGGAGGAGGCGGGCUGGUCGGACAGCCUGCUUGGGGAGCUAGCCAAGGAGGCGGAGCUGACGCAUUAAUAGGCUCUGCUGGCCAGAGAGAAGGGCUCUAAGCUUGGCCGAGUUACAUUGCGCUGGGUUGAUGGACAUGUGAGGACUCGGGAGGCGGCGUAAUGGAGAGGCCAAGUUGGUGUCAUAGGCAGCAGCCCUGGAGGGAGCUGAGGUGCUUGGGUUGGCUGGAAAGGCUCCUCGGAUGCGGUGUGGAGUGCAGAGAACACAGAGGGCAGAUUGGUAGGAGGCAGCAGAGCAGAGUGGUGUUUAUUGCAUGGCAUGGGGUUAGCUGGAUGUGAACAUGACUCACAAGAUUCAGGCCUGCAGAGAUGGAUGACAUGGCCACUGUCCAGUGCUGCGCUAACUGCGUGCAGGGAAGAUUGUUUUGGCAGUGCAGUCCGCUGUUAGACACGAACGACACCUCUCUGAUUGGCAAUCGCAUGCAAACCCAUAUUCUUUUGCGCAUUUUCUGAUCAUCCCAGUGCGAAUUGUGGUCAACAGUUAACAACUCGGUGCGGGCAAGCAUGUGGUUGUGAUGUUGCUGAGAUGGGACACAUGGCCUGAUGCGGCUGCUGCUUCCCAACCUGUGAGAUUUUACCACGCGAGCUCAUGUAUGUAUGAUUUGUUAACACACUUGGAAUAUGUGUCGUACGUUAUUCGCGGUAAAGCAUACUUGUAGGACGGGUACCGCCGGUUUAUGACUGUAGGGGUUACUAAGACAGACAGCAUUUGUAGUUGAUAUCUUGGAGCAUAUGUAGUCUUAAGACGCCCAGUUGUAGCCGAUUGAAUUCUCCUUUCUAUCCCUGUGGGUUACGGCAGUAUGAGGCGUACGUUCGGGGGUAUUUAUACUGUAAUGGCGCUCAAACACAUCACUCCAAGCCGUACACUUGUGUGACAGCUAGCGGGAUCU